AUGGCCACCUUCACCCUCUUUGGGGUAACCCCAGCUGACACCAGCAUCUAUUGGUGCUUCUACCACAUUGCAGACACCUAUCUUCUGCCCUCAGGCCUUGGGGGCCGUGUGAUGCUGAAGGUGACAUGGGGACCUGCACCUCCAGGUGCUGAGGAGUCCCAUGGGAAUCUGGUGGUGGUGAUGGUGCCCCGACCCUCCCUGUCACUGCACCCCAGCCAGGGGGUGUCGCUGGGGGACACUGUCACCCUGCGCUGCCACGUGCCUUAUCCAGCUGCCUGGGUCCGACUCUAUCAGUACAAAAAUGCAACAUACAUCGAGCAGAAGGACAACGUGCAGGACAUGGCUGAGUUCUCCUUGACUAGCAUUAAACAGGAAGCUGCAGUGAUAUAUCAAUGCCAUUACCAGGGGUUGGAGCCUGCAGGGACAUUGCAGAAGAGUGACCCCGUGAAGCUGGUGAUGACAGAUCACAGGUAUCCCCCACCUGGCAUUUCCCUCAGCCCUGAGGAACACGUGGAGAUCGGGACUAAUGUCACCAUCCGCUGCUGGAACAACAUCUCAGGGGUUGCCUUCUUCCUGCACAAGGACGGGCACUCAGCCCCUAUUCAGCGCCAAAAACUCAGUGCUGGGAGCACUGCCACCUUCACCCUCUUUGGGGUGACCCCUGCUGAUUCUGGCACCUAUAGGUGCUCCUACCGCAUCAGGGGCUGCUGCCUUCUGUUCUCACCCCUUGGGGAUAAUGUGACCCUGGAAGUGAUUCCCAGACCUGCACCCCCAGGUGACAAUGGGGGUGCCAGCAGGGACCUGGUGGCAGUAGUGGUGGGGCGCUGGGUUGCUGUGAUUGUCUUCAUCAUCAUCCUCACUGUCUCUGUCCUCCUCGUUGCCCAGAGAUGACAAAUGCAGAGAGAUGAGAGGCCUGGUGGGGAAGGGUUUAAAUGGCUUUGA